UUCACUGUGCCGGGGGAAACUGAGACUAACCCUCUACCUGAGACGUCCACACACUGGCCUGACUCAGAACAAGGCCACGCCUCCUCCAGCAGCCGCUGCCGCGUGACGUCGGCGGGUGAAGACGUUCGGCUCACGCCCUCGGAUGCACACAUCCGGGAAAGAGCCGCGAGAGGCCGCUGUGCCAUCACUUCAACUUCUUUUUAUUUUAUUUUUUUACCAAAGCCCGAGGCAUAUAGUGGCUUUGGACUUUUAUUAAUAUAUUGCAUAGGAAACAAAUGCUCGUUCGGUGUGUAUCAGAGUUGUACACAAUUACCGGUAAGGCUGUUAGAACAGGACCACGAGGUAAGCAAUGCACGUUUCACAUUAUUCUUCCGAGAAGCAAAAUAGUGCUCAAGAAGUGGCCUAUAAAACAAAGAUAAGUCUCCUACGAAUUUUAUUUUCUCCUAUGCAUUCAUUUAAGUCCUUGCUGAAAUUAAUUAAUUAAUCUAAAAUGUAGUUAGCCAGCGUCACAUGAAUCCUGAAACCAGUGCAGAAUGAAUUUAAAGUUACACAAACUCCUGGCUGACUGGACACCGGUUUGAUGUGUUAUUUAUAUAACUUAAAUAAGACAACCAAUGUCCCUACACAUUCUUGCUGCACACGUUUUUGCUAAAUGUGUGAACCUAGUUAUAAACACAAUUGUACAAGACUACACAACACUUAAUUGCAGUGUAUAUUUCAUCUAAUUUCGCAGGUCAUAUGUUUCUAAUUAGGAGGCUGAACACGUGCAACCAACGCUUUGCAAACAGACACUCAACUCACUUAUUAUUUUGAGACAUAAUGCAUGUGGGUUUGUUGAGGCUCAUUCACUGUUCAUAGUCUAUUGCCACACAGAAACCAGGUUGGUCUCCUCUGUUCUUCUUCUUCCACUAAACGCUGGCCGCAGUCCACGCUCAUUGUCCAGUGCCUCACUUGAGCGAAACUGGUCCUGCGAGUUAUUUCUGGGCUGGUUCACAGCUCGAUGCGCCAGCGCACCUGCUGCACGGACGCUGCGUCUUUGGAGACUCGGGCUUGCUUGUUUUUCUCACUUCCAGUGAAAGGGUCUCGGGAACAGCCAUGCGGUCCGUCGCCGCGUUCCUCGUCGUCCUCCGCUGUGUCGGAUUUAUUGGCUGUAAACCCUCGUCUCCGUGCCUGAGCGGGCAGUUUCUGCUGAAGAGCCAGUGUGUGCUCUGCCAUCCCACCUGCUCCGAGUGCGACGGGCACGAGCUGUUUGAAUGCACUACCUGUGGAGUCGAUGAAGAGGGACAGGAACGUUUCCUUCACCAAGGUCGCUGUCGAACACACUGUCCCCGGGGACUCUAUCCUGACAGGGGUCACUAUGCCUGUCUCCCCUGCAUAGCCAAUUGUGAACUUUGCACAGAUGGCAACAUAUGUGCUAAAUGUCGGGAACACUACAAACUCCUAAAUGGAGUCUGCCAAACGGAGUCCUGUGUCAUAGGGCAGGUGCAGGACCCGGAUACAGGAGAGUGCAUUGAUUGUGAGAUGGGCUGCAAAACAUGUUCCACAGAGGACCCUGAGAUCUGCAACAGCUGUGUGGAGGGUUACUUUCUUUUCCGACACCAGUGUCGUAGGCAUUGCCCCCAGAGCACCUAUGAAGACAGGGGCAGGGGUCUGUGUCUGCCCUGUCCAGCACCGUGCACGGAUUGCAGGAGUAACACGCGCUGUCUUGCCUGUCAGCCUGGAUACUUCCUUAAUGGAGGGGAUUGUAUAAAACAGUGCCCCCAGCAAACCUUCAGUGACUCCAGUGGAGGCCUCUGCCAGUCUUGCCACAGCUCCUGCCAGACAUGCCAUGGACCUCGGGCAGCCAACUGUGACCUGUGUCUUGGCGGGAACCCUCCUCUUCAUGGGCAGUGCCCUCUGGUUAACUGCCCAUUGGGACAGUACUUUGACGGGAGAUAUAGUGAAUGCCACACAUGUGAUGCAUCCUGUAAGACCUGUUUUGGCCCACAAGCGCUGGAUUGUGCUUCUUGUUUCAAAGGAUAUCUCUUGGGUCAGGACAGCUCCUGUGUAGUGCAUUGUCCAUCUGGCUCCUACGCAAACACGGCCACUCAGUUGUGUGAGGACUGCUCCCCGAGCUGUGAGGCCUGUGUGGACACCAGUGAUUACUGCAUCAGCUGCUCUAAAGGCAGUUACAAACUGUUUCUCCACCAGGGGAGGUGCUGGUCAAAUUGCCCAGAAGGUCUCUUUGAGACGCCAGAGGGGUCGUGUGAGGCCUGUGAUGGCUCCUGCUUGUCAUGUGACGGGAUCAAGUCCCAGUGUCUAUCCUGUGCUGAUGGCCACUACUUGGAGAGUGGUAUGUGUAGACUCAACUGCUCACUGCGGACGUAUCCUGCAGAUGAUGCUACCUGCAGACGCUGCGCUCCCCACUGUGACGUUUGCUCUGACGACCGGACCUGUUUCAAAUGCAGUUUCCUUUACCUGAUGCUGAACGGCGUGUGUAAGGCAAGUUGUCCCAUGGGCUAUUAUGAGGACAUGGAGGAGGGCCGAUGUGGUCAGUGCCACCCGACAUGUGGCAGCUGUUCCGAGCCCCUGGCAGAUGACUGUGAGACCUGCUCGACAUUUAGCCCCAAACUCUAUAAGGGUACAUGCUCCAAACACUGCCCUAUUGGUACCUACUAUGAAACUGAAGCUCUGGAAUGUCAAGAGUGCCACCAGACCUGUAUGAGCUGCUCCGGCUCAGAGGCAAACCAGUGUACCCAGUGUGAGAAGGGACUUGUGCUGGAUCCCAACACAAUGUUGUGUGGCGUGACCGGUGACACCGACUGCCCACCAAGGACCUACCUACACGAUGACCAGUUCACCUGCAUGCGCUGCCAUCAGCACUGUUACUCUUGUGACGGGCCAGGCAACGAUGAAUGCCAGACGUGUGCCGUCCCCAAAUACCUUCAUAACAGCAUUUGUGUGAGUGAGUGUCCAGCUGGUACAUACGACAGCAAGCAGGAUGCUGACGGAGCCGAGCUGGGAUUCUGUUUGCCGUGUGAUGACGCCUGUUCCACCUGCACUGGAGCUUCCCCCAGAGACUGCCUCACGUGCUCUCCAAGAUACCUACGUCUCCUUCAACUUUGUGUCACCCAUUGUCCCACAAGCUAUUACAGAGAGAGCUCCCACUGUGAGAAAUGUGACCAGUCCUGUGAGCAGUGUACAGGACCGGGCCCUGAGUCCUGCAGGACCUGUUCACCUCCUCUUCUGGACCUGCAAGGCACCAAGCUGUGUGUGGAGCGCUGCCCACAACACUUCUAUCAGCUCAAUUACAUCUGCAAACAGUGCCACACCAGUUGUCAGACCUGCACAGAUGCCUCGCCUCAGGGAUGUGUGACGUGCAACCGGGGCAGCACUUUAAAGGACAAGGUCUGCUAUCCUCAUUGUGAAGAGGGGCGUUACUUUUCGGAAAAGGAAACCUGUGAGCCAUGCGACGGCUCCUGUAGGCAUUGCACCGGCCCCAGACCGGACCAGUGUCUGACCUGUCACCGGGAGUCCGCUCUUCAUGCCAUGGAGAACCGCUGUGCCCGCUGCUGCCAGGCUGGAGGAAACGACACAGACUGCUGUGUCUGUGACCGACGCUCAGCUCUGUGUGUGGAGGCCCCCCAACCCAAGUCAGGAGAGGAUCAGGAAACGGACCUGAAUAUGUCUUCUAGAACUCUGAAGCACACCUCCGCUGGCCUUCCCAUUGCCCUGCUGCUAGCACUGGGGUUGGCUCUGGCCGUGUUUGCCUUGCUCAAGGCCCAUUCCAGUAAGAGGCUUUGCUGGGGGCAGAGCUAUGAGAGACUGAGUGGCAGCGCCAGCGUCAAUAUGCCCCACGGCGUCCCCGAGCCGGACAGCGGAGACGAAGUGGAUGUGGUGUACACCAGCAGAGGAGGAUCAGUUUAUCGACGCUACAGCUUUAUCCAUGAGCAGGACACCGAUGCAUCCCCGGAUGUGGAUGAGAGCACUUGUCUCAAUCAAUCUUAGAUUCAUACAUACACUACCGUUCAAAAGUUUGGAGUCACUUAGAGAUGUCUUUAUUUUUCAAAGAAAAGCACUGUUUUUUUCAAUAAAGAUAACAUUAAUCAAAAAUACACUCUCUACAUUGUUAAUGUGGUAAAUGACUAUUCUAGGUGGAAACGUCUGGUUUAUAAUGAAAUAUCUCCAGAGGUGUAUAGAGGCCCAUUUCCAUCAACGAUCACUCCAGUGUUCUAAUGGUACAUUGUGUUUGCUAAUCGACUUAGAAGACUAAUAUCUGAUUAGAAAACCCUUGUGCAAUUAUGUUAGCACAGCUGAAAACAGUUAUGCUGGUGAUAUAAGCUAUACAACUGGCCUUCCUUUGAGCUUGAAUUUUGAAGAACAAAAUUAAUACUUCAAAUAUUAAUCAUUAUUUCUAACCUUGUCAAUGUCUUGACUAUAUUUUCUAUUAAAUUUUCAAUUCAUUUGAUGAAUAAAAGUGAGUUUUCAUGGAAGACACGAAAUUGUCUGGAUGAUCCCAAACUUUUGAACGGUAGUGUACGUACCAGAUCUUUAAAUGUCUAUGGAAUGUAUUUUGGAUGCUCACAAUAUCGAGACGAAUUCAGAACAGUUUAGUCGAUGUGUAGGAGAAAACAUAGUGGUAUCUUGCUUUAGAACGUUGCUUUUUGACUUCUUGUGUUUGUUGUGCUCUACAAAGUACCUGUAUAAUGCACCUUCUAAGUUGAAGCAUUUGUGAGUAAAGAGUGAGAACAAUACAUAUGUGUAUAUGUAUUCAGGAGGCAUUGCAAGGCGACUGUAACCUCUGAACUAGGUAUCUCACGUACCUCCCAACAUCUACACGCAGACAGUCAUCCUGCUUGGGAAGUGAAAGUUCUAGAGGAGGAACCUCACUCGGUUAUGAAGGGCAGCUCCUGGCCCUGGCCCUUUCACUUCUGUUUUGGAUGCCAAUCUAAUGCCUAGAGUCCACUCGACAAGCUCUGAUGUCAUGUGCAGCACCGUGUACAAACCAGCAGAACAUAAAACAAUCUUGAGCUCACACCAUUGUGCAAGUAAAGGCAAUGUGAGCGUCACAAUUUUUAAAUGAAGCUUGAAUUUAAUUUGACUAUUGAAAUAAAAAGCUCUCUUACUUACACAAGGAGACCAAGCAGGAACCCUGA